UCUCGUCGUCUUCAUCUUCUACUUGUGUUGAACUUGCAAUUGGGAAUGGAAAGCUCAGAGAUGGAGGACAAUCAUGCUUUGCUGGAGCAGAAUCUGUUGUUGGAGGAGAACACUGUCACGCAGAACCUGAAAGUGGGGGCCUUUGACAUCAUUAAACAAGCUUCAACCAUCUUUUCCAAGAAUUUCAACUUCAUCAUCUUCAUCUUUCUGAUUUCCCUCCCUCUCUUCUUCUUCAUGGUUUACUAUGAAAUUUUCCUUCAAAGAACUCUCGUUGAUGCCUCAAAUAUUCUGAAUAAUCCUUCUGAUUAUUACUAUUACUAUGAUUGGUCGAUAAGUCCCUCUAUGCCUGAGAAAUCAACCUUUCUUCAUCAAUUGGUUCAACUGGGUUUACUUUAUCUGGUGCCCCGUCAUCUCCUUGAGCUUUGUACCAUAAUCGCGACCGUCGAUUUGGCAUCGAAGAUACAUGCAGAAGAGAGAGUAAUCACUCUCAAGGAGAUGAUAGAUAGACCCAUUUACGGAGCAAAGGCGAGAGGCACUUUUGUCACAUCCCUCUGCGUUCUCUUCCUCUCAACUUGUACCCUUUCCGGAUUGAUAUGGCUAGUAACAACCUACUAUGCUGUUUGGAGACAAUCUAUAUUCGCUGUGUUCUUUCUAGUGUUUUAUGGGCCCAUUUUCGUUGCACUGCUGACAAAGUACUUAGAAUGGAGUGCUGUGUGGAACAUGAGUAUUAUCAUUUCAGUGUUGGAGGAGGGAACCUACGGGAUUGAAGCAUUGCUGCAUUCUGCUUAUUUUAGCAGAGGUAGUAAGCGGCGUGGAUUACUUUUGAUGCUCGUUUUCUUUGUCUGGGGACAGGGUUUAAGGUUGGCAUCCCUCUACUUUGGAUGCUAUGAAGAAGGGAGGGGAAUUGUUGUACAAGUUGGGUUGUUGUGGUUGGGGAAUGUGCUCAAAUGGGUGGUCUGCAUACCAUAUUUCUACGAUUGCAAGAAGCGGGCUUUUGAGAAGAAAGUCGAUGUGGAACACGGAGGACCGAUCAAAGCUGCUGAUGAGACACAGAGUAGAUGGAAUUGGUCAUUUGCAUUCACAAUGUAGCGACGAUUAGAGGCUGAAGCUUUUCCCUUCAUUUAGUUUGAAUCAUUCCACACAAAUAGAAACUGCAGUAAGUUUAGUGGGUAAUAAGCAUUAUUUUUUCUCGUUCUUUGACAGAGUUGGUUGUAGAUCUGGAAAAUAUGAAUGUGAAAAUUCCAGUCUUUGCUGUCAUUUGUCUUGCCUAUGUGAUUACACUUGGGACACUCGUUAGCUUAAAAAUGAAGACGAGAGA